AAAAGACUAAUAUUGAGGCUCAGUGUAUAGAGAAACAGUUUGUUCAUCCACCUGAUGUAAUGCCAUCACCAACUGAAAUGCUUAGAACCUUGAUGCAGCUAAUGGCGAUUGCCUGUCGAUCAAAUCACGAGUUCAGAGCAUUUGAAUUGGUUGACAUGAUGACAUUAGAACAAGGACUGGAGCUAGCAUUACAGUAUGCUAGUCAAUCGGGUCACUUUCGUUUGGCGCGUCAAAUCAGCAAUCUAAAGGAGAGGAGGGCAAUAGCAGCUGCCACUGAAGGGGAGGAAGAGGAGGAAGAGGAAACUAAUAAUUAUUAUACUCAUCGUCGUCAGGCAGAGAGCAGCUCAUCAGUUUAUGAGCCGGGAAGGUCUUAUCAUGACUCAAGACGCAGUGCCAGCACUUCAAAGAGUUCUUCACAAGAGCCAAAGGAUUCUGGUAGGACGCCUCUUAGUGCCCGUAGGAUGCUAUUAUUGAAACCAGCCAACAAAGAGAAUAAACCAGAAUCACCUGAAGAGAGUAAGGAGGAGGAAGAGGAAGAGGAGGAGAAUAAAGAAACAGGAGCUGAGGCUAGUCUGGCUAAUGAUGGAGGAGGAGGAGAGGAAAGUGACCUAGUGUCUAAUAAUAGUCUGGAGCUUAUUAAUGAAUCCACUGAUGUCAUCACUGGAUCCAUUGAUAGUCAGUUUACUUCACCUCAAGUUAGCAAGCAGUGAACAUCAAAUCCAUUUAAAAGAGCAACUCCAGUUUCAAAGCAGAUCCAGGUGGACAGGAGAUCAAGUUUUCUGGAUAAGAUCAGUCAAGAAGUGCAAGAGGAGAAGGAAAAAGAAAAACAAAAGAAAAUGAAGAGUAAAUUAAAACCAGCCAAUACAAUUACUACUAAA